AUGGACGGCGGAUAUGCGACCUAUGACGAGGACUAUGCAAUCGAAGAUGGCGACGAAGCUUGCAGUCUCCUGCAGGACUCUCGUCGCCGGACCCCACUCCACAUCAACAACUACCUCACCCAAAUGGAGAAGCUACAGAAACAGCGCAAACAACGGCAGCGCCAAGUGCGGUACCUGUCGGCGGCACUGGGAUUUGUCACGCUGUGUGGCGUGGCGUGGGCUCGGCAAUCCCAUCUCGAAGUCGUCACUGUGCUCUUUCCAGAGCCCCAGCAGGCGAACUUUGUACCACCAUCAACCAUUUGCGACACUCGGCAGUGCCUCGAUCUCGUGCCUCGCUCGGCACUUGACUUGAAGUCGCCAACUUGCGAUUCUGUCGAGCCUGCUCUAUACGAGAACCUCGCGAGAUACGUGUUCGAUGCCCACUAUGCAAACGUGUGGCGUCACGACCCAACCAUGCAAUGCAGCAAGCCAAGUGUGCUCAAUUUUACAGCCACUGCCGUCCCCGAUACACGCUUUGAUUUGUGUCGACAUCACUCCUCAAACGUAGCGAUUGAAGCUGUGGGAAUGUUUGGCACCUCUGGCAAUGUGGAGCUGGCCAAGGCCAUCAUUGUCUCGCGCGCAGCCACGGCCGCAAUUGGCACUCCAACGUUCCUGUCGCACGUGUCGGAAAAGUGGAAUCGCAGCAGACUGCAGGGAUUGCCCAAUGGGGUGAUUAACCCCGUCCACGACGAUGGGAUUUGGCUGACAGUCUACUUUCCCAUCGACUUUGCGUCCGAGUUGAACGUGGAAGUUCGCCGCAAAGAGAGUGCCGACGCCGCCCCGGUGCAGAUCUCAACGACCGUUGCAGUGCCUCCCCAAACAGGUCUUGCAGCUGUUCGGCUCGAUCGCCAAUUGCACCAAGGGUGGCCUGCGGGGGAAUACGUCGUUGCCCUUACAACCAACGACGACGCAGACACUGAGCAGAUCGUGCCAUUUACAGUGCUGCCCACUUCUGCUAUCGGACAGUACGCCGUCUUUCGAGAAAAAUACGAUCUUGUGUGGCCAUCCCCUGCGAAUGUAAAUGCCACAGACAGUGACAUGUGUGCAUCCGCGUCGGAAAAUCUCACGGCGUACUGUGCCUGUCAACGGCGCCAGCGUCAACACUAACACUUUUACAUGAGAUUCAU